CACACGACAAACCAACAACACCGCCCUAACCACCACAACCACAUAAUAAUAUUCCGACCAAACAAGCCCCCACAUCAAAUUUCAUAUCUUUUGCCGGUUACACUUUAUUAUUAUACGUAUAUAUAAAAUUAAUAUAUAAAGAAAAGGAAAAAGAAGAAGAAGAAGAAGGAUGUAUAGAGAUGAAUCAGCAUGUAAUACAUACAACUAUGGGGAUUCCGUAUACUGGGAUGCCCGUUAUGUAAGUGAGGCAUCAGCUGGUUCUUUUGAUUGGUAUCAGCGUUAUUCUUCUUUAAGACCUUUUGUUACUAAAUAUUUCCCAAAUACUCGUUCUCAAUUACUUAUGGCUGGUUGUGGCAAUGCAGUUAUGUCAGAGGACAUGGUUAAGGAUGGCUAUGAAAACAUCGUGAAUGUUGAUAUUUCCUGUGUGGCUAUUGAAAUGAUGCGAAGGAAGUACGAGGAUGUGCCUCAAUUGAAAUACCUGCAGAUGGAUGUUAGAGAUAUGGGAUUUUUUGUUGAUGAUUCAUUCGAUGGUGUAAUUGAUAAAGGAACUCUUGACUCUCUGAUGUGCGGAACUGAUGCUCCACUCAGUGCUUCUCAAAUGCUAGGGGAAGUGAGCAGGAUUCUUAAACCUGGAGGGAUCUAUAUGCUGAUUACAUAUGGUGAUCCAUCGGUGAGGAUGCCUCACAUAAACCGGCCGGCUUACAAUUGGAAAAUAGACUUGUACACCAUACCUCGGCCUGGUUUCCAGCGGCCGCCAGGAUCAACCUCGUCUCCUAAAUCGUACCUGUCACCAAUUCCCACCACUGAGAAGGGCCUUCUUCCUGAUGAUUUUGUUUUAGAAGAUCCAGAUUCUCAUUUUAUAUAUGUGUGCACUAAAAUGGGCGAAAACUCUGAACUCAGUAACUCGCCUGCGUUUUCAUUGACUGUUGAUAUUUGAUCGUCUCAGAACUUGGUAAUAAGCAGUUUGUUGUCUUGCUUAUUGCAGGUUGUAAAUUAGUUAUUAGAUAUCCUUAGAAUGCCAUAUACUUUUGUAUGACAACAUGGCAUGUUUGUUUUUCUUUUCUCCCUUUAAAUAUUUUAGUUUUGUUCGAUUGUUAAUUGAUCGUAGAUAUAUGAGUAACAAUGACUGUGAAAUACCUGAACUCAUUUUUCAUUUGCAUUAAAGUAUGUUUACAAAA